GCGCCGCUGGCGGCGGUGGCGGGCCGUGCUGACGUCAGGCGCUGCUCUGCCCCGGUCGCUCCUCUGUCGGUGCCGCUCUAUCCGCCAUGGCCCGCACCGAACAGGUCCUCGUACUCGAGCCGCCCAAUGAGCUCAAAUUCAAAGGACCUUUCACAGAUGUUGUUACCACAAACCUGAAACUGAGUAACCCGUCAGAUAAAAAUGUAUGUUUUAAAGUGAAGACUACAGCUCCGCGUAGGUAUUGUGUCAGGCCUAACAGUGGAAUAAUUGAUGCAGGAACUUCAAUCAGUGUUUCAGUGAUGCUGCAACCUUUUGACUAUGACCCGAAUGAGAAAAGCAAGCACAAAUUUAUGGUUCAAUCCAUAUUUGCUCCGGCAGACUGCCAAGACAUGGAAGCAGUAUGGAAAGAAGCAAAGGCAGAUGAAUUAAUGGAUUCUAAGCUGCGAUGCGUCUUUGAGAUUCCCUCUGAGAAUGAGAAAACAUGGCGUCCACUACGCGCGAAGAGAAAUCAUGAGCUGGAGAUAAAUAAAGUCACUUCCACUUCGCUGAAAACAGAAGCUUCCAUGAUGUCAAAAUCAACCAGUUCUUCCUUGGAUGAUUCAGACAUGAGGAAAGUAAUGGAUGAUUGCAGGAUACUUAAGUCAGAGGUUCAGAGACUUCGUGAGGAGAACAGACAGUUAAAGGAGGAUGACGGACUGCGAAUGAGGAGGAUGCCUCAGAUGGGUAACCCUACACCAUCCAGCAACGCCAUGAUGAAAGAAGAAGGACCAGCCGCUCGAAUGAUUGCCAUGGUUGUCCUGUUCUUUAUCCUGGGGACAAUUAUAGGGAAACUGGUGUUGUAGGAAGGCAGCAUGCUGGUGAUCUGUUAGCUUGGGUUGUUUUUUGUUUGAUCUGCCAUAUCAUGGGGUAGAAAUGAUUUCAUGAUCGAAAAUUAAAAUACAAAAAAACACUUUAAUGUACAGCAUAUCACAGGUUCUUGCCUUUCAGUUACCCCUUUGCACAACAAGUACAGAAAGAUAAUUGGGAGAAACCUUGUAUUAAUUAUAAAAUUGUACAGUUAGUUGCACACAGAUCUCAAGUUAUUGGCAUGGGGGACGAGGGAGAACAAAACAUUUUGAUGUGGUGACGGCAUAUUCUAGGUGUCAUUUUAAUCAUGUUAGAUAAUGGUACCUGUCACAGGAUUACCUCUUAAGUACGCGGUAUGAAUGCUGAUGCUGCCUCUAACAUCUGGUGUGUAGAAGUGGACUGGCUGGCUGGGAGGCAGAGUCGAACAACUCCAUGUAAUAUUUCCACAGCAGCCCUUUCCUUCCCCAGCCCGACAGGUAAAGAGUUGAAUAGUUUCCAUCAUUGUGGUCUUUCAGAGUGGCCCGUGUCAAGGUUUAGAACAAAAACUCAACAAAAUAUUAUAAUGGCUAGACCCAUUUAUUCCUUAAGAUGUUGUCCCAUGCUUAUAUUUGACAAAUAAUUAAAGGACUUCCUGUAUUCCAUUUCACACUUAACACGAGUAACUAAACUCCAGUGCGGUUUGUUACCUGCCAUUAGCUCGACCCGUGUUGGGAGCUAGGUGGGCUGACUGAAGACCAUUGCUGCUGAGAACUGCAUUGUGGAAUAGUCGUCUCCACAUAUGCCUUAGGCACUACAGUGAAAUUAGAUGUGUACUAUCAGCUUUGAUCAUCCAACAUUGGAAUACAGCAGUCGGGCAACUAUUUUGUAUAUAAUUAACUGUUUAUCAGAAAGAUUACAAUGAAUAUUAGUAGUUAAAUAGUCUAUGCCGUAAUGACCAAUUCUGUUUGGCUAUGUAGCAUCUUAAUAAAGCCCAAAUUUAAUUGAU